ACAGCCGGAGCGGCCGGUACUCGGCGCGAAGCGUGACACCCAAGUGUGAGAAGAAAGAGGGAAGGAGAAGAGCAGGGGACCGUGCAGCCCUCUGUGCUGAUGGACAACAAGGAUAUUUAACCGCUUGCCCGGGGAGCGCACAGACACCGCAGUCCAUGCCUCUGCCUUGCCAGGUCAUUGAUGGGAAAUCAACUGGAUCGGAUCACCCACCUCAACUACAGCGAGCUGCCCACGGGGGAUCCGUCCGGGCUGGAGAAGGACGAGCUUCGGGUCGGCGUCGCCUACUUCUUCUCUGACGAAGAGGAGGAGGUGGACGACCGCACUCCGUCUGACUGCGGCUUCACCAAGGACCACAGCCCGGCCGAGGAGGGACCGUUCUCGGUAAGCGAGGUGGAGUACUCCGCGUUCCGCUCCCAGGAAUGCAUCUUCUCCAAGCUGCGGGAGAACGAGGACCUGAAUGUGUACUCGGCCAAAACUUUGCUGACUAUGUGCAAACCGGGGGACCUGCUGGAGCUGGUGGCCACGGCGCAAGCCCCCCACUGGGCCAUCUACGAGCAGGACGACCAGGUCAUCCACCUGCACAAGGGCGAGAUCCGAAAGGACAGCCUGCUUGAGAUCAGCAGCGGUCGCCACGGGAGGAUAGUGAACAAUCGGUACCGGUACCGGCCGCUCCCCCCCGACCUGGUGAUGCAGAACGCAGCGGGACACCUGGGCCUGCGCAGCGAGGAGAUAUGCUGGACCAACCCGGAAAGUUUCGCAGCCUGGUGUCGCUUUGGGAAACGGGAGUUUAAAGCCGGAGGAGAGGUGCACUCGGCGGAGCAGCAGUAUUUCCUCAAAGUGCAUCUGACCGGCAGCGGGGUGCACACUCUGGUCUUUCGCAGCCUGGAGGACAUGAUCCGGGAGAGGAGGCGAGUGGACGCCAGUGGAAUUCUCAAAGAGCUGUCUCUGGUUAACGGGGGCAAGGAGUGA